AUGGUGGCUGCCUCUAUCCACAUGGGUGAACUUAACAAUGGUGGAUAUGAUGAUGAUGAUGAUGAACUUGUUGAAUUUGAAGAUGUGUCAGAGAAGAAUCUGAUAGAACGACUAAUCAACGACGACGAUAAAAGCCUCCGCAUGAUUUCUCUGGUGAGCGAAGAUGCUAUGGGUAAGACAGCUCUGGCAAGGAAGAUUCCGAUGGAGUUGUUGAAGGGGGUAGAGCUCAUGAGCGUGGACGAGCUGUCUGCUCUGCAUUUCCAAACUUUAAUGGAGCUCAGGUUUCUAAUAGUCUUGGAUAAUGUCUUCUCGUUUGAUGUCUGGCUCAUGUUAGCAUGUCCCUUUGCAGACGUCGCCAAUGGCAACAGAGUCAACCUUACUACUCGCGACUCUAAGAUAGCCUCGGAUGUUGAUCUCUGGAGUCACCCAUCACUGGGAAUUGUUCUUGAACAAGUUUCAUUGCGGAGGCUGUUGCAAUUGUGGAUUGCAGAGGUGUUUAUGAAAAUGUCAAGUACCCAACAACCUAAAGAUAUAGCCAGUAAAUAUUUGAAAGAACUCGUGUGCAGAAACAUGAUCGAAAUAGCAACGAGGAAGGAAGAUGGAAGGCAUAAAACAUGUCGAAUGCCAAGCUUACUUCAUGAUUUCUUCUUUCCAAAAUCUAAGGAUAUAGAAUUUAUUCACGCCCACCAUUGCAAAGAAAAUUAUGUCUGUUUUAAAGCCCAAAAGAGAGGUACAUCCAAUGAAGAAAUCAAUGAGUUACUUAAAACAAUUAUCAAUAGGAGGAGAUCUAGAGGUUUUGUGUUGAUGAAGAUAUCAAAGAAAACAAGCAAGGAAGCUCCAGAUGAAAACCCUAAUACUCAAGUAGAAGAUCUGGAAGCCACCUUAAUAGGCCUCCUUAUCGAUUUUGUGGACCCCAAAGAAUACGGCUUGAAUGGGUUCACCAGCCUUCGGAAAUUGGGACUGAUUUGCCAUUCAAGAUCAUUAGCGGAGAAAAUAGCCGAUUGCAUCUCACAACUUAACAAACUUCAAACUUUCAAGCUGAGAUCAAGAGAUCAUCAAUUCGGUCAACCUUCAAAGCUCAUGAUUCUUGACAAUCUAACAACCCAUCCGUCUCUCUCAAAUUUAUAUUUGUUCAGAGUGUUCGAGGUUGGAAACCUUCCCAAAAACCUCAAAACCCUGACACUGUCAAUGUCGAAAAUUGAAAAUGAUCCAAUGCUGAAUCUAGGGAAGUGUCUGCCUCAGCUGAACAUACUCAGGCUUUUUGCUGACUCUUUUGUAGAGAAGAAUAUGAAUUGUCUUGGUGGAGGAUUUCCCAAACUUCGUGUGUUGAAAUUGUGGGUGUUAGAAAACCUAAAGGAGUAG